CGCUAGUCCUCCAACUGAACGGCCGCGUAGUUUGACAGCCAACUGAGACAAAACCGUAGAACUGCAAGCUAGCUUUCCACUGAACUUAACUUACCCAAUUGGGAAAGUUUGGCUAAAACUCACCUGGACGUUGCAAUGGCCCUCGUGCGACUGCGGCCCAUGUGUUUGACCUAUUUGUCGCCAAGAGGAAGAAUUUCUCGUAGUGUAAAUUACAAUGUCAAGUACAGAGUGUCUGUGUCCCAAUCUCCCUGGCAUCUAGCCAUUAAUAAGAUAGUCGUAACGCAUAACCUCCCUUCAAAGUAUCUCCCACUGACCAUCUCUACAUGCCGACCACCAUUCAAGACAUUAGUGUUUCCCACUUCUGUCAACACUAUAUGCAUUCGUGCUAUUUCGACAAACCGGCACUUCUCGAGGGAAAACCAGAACAGCCAGUCUUCCUUUAGAAAGACAAAAGUGUCGUCAUCCAUCCUGGAGGGUGAGACUCUUGCCAUGGGCAUGUGGUCACUAGGUCUUGGAGCUGUGGGGGCCGCCAUCGCCGGCUUAAUAUUUGCAAACACCGACUUCCUGCUGACUAAACCGGCACCUGCUACUGUAGAGUAUCUUGGGAAUGCUGACCUCAAAACCAUCGACAGUGAUGAGAGGACUUUAAAAGCGAAAGUUCUCUGGGAGAGAUCUGGUGCAGUGAUCAUGGCUGUCCGGCGACCUGGAUGAUUUUUGUGCAGAGAGGAGGCCUCUGAGCUGUCCUCUCUGAAGCCCCAGCUGGAUAAGCUUGGGGUCCCUCUGUAUGCCGUUGUGAAGGAGAAUGUAGGUACGGAGAUUCAAGCCUUCAGGCCUCAGUUCGCAGGGGAAAUUUUCUUGGAUGAAAAGCAAGCAUUUUAUGGGCCACAACAGAGGAAGAUGGGUGGGCUUGGUUUCAUUCGCUUGGGAGUUUGGCAAAAUUUUAUAAGGGCCUGGAGGUCGGGAUACCAGGGCAACAUGAAUGGAGAAGGUUUCAUCCUGGGAGGGGUGUUUGUCAUCGGAUCUGGCGAACAGGGGGUUCUCCUAGAGCACAGAGAAAAGGAGUUUGGAGAUAAAGUCAGCUUAGAGUCUGUAUUGGAAGCCGCUAAGAAGAUUGUGGUAGAAGAGUAAAUGAAGUUCAGAUGCAAAAGCCUCUAAAUGCCAUUUGAAAUUUUCUUCUAAAAUGACCAUUUUUAUCUAGCUUGCAUAUUUAAGUUCAGUAAUUUCACUUAAAUGACAAUUAAUAGGUAAUCUUCAUUGCCAUUUAAGUGAAAUUACUGAACUUAAAUAUACAAGCUUGAUAAAAAUGAUCAUUUUAGAAGAACAUUUCAAAUGGCACUUAGAGGCUUUUGCAUCUGAACUCUUCAAAUGUUGUCUAAAGUUUGAUCAAAAUAGAGUUCUCCCUUGUUACAAUCCACCUCAUCUCACUUACUGUAAUUCUACUAAUGCUGUGAAUGGGGAAAAGUUCAGGUUGUUAAAUUAUUAGUACUGACUGGUAUACUUUAAGAGCUAAGUGAUAACGUCACAGAGUUGCAUGUGGCCUCAUUUUAAUUCUGGUGCUCUAGUACUUACAAUUGAGAGUAAUGUUGUGUUAAUUAAUAUUUUUUUUGCACUUUAUAAAUAGUUUGUCAUGAACCAUGGUAUUGUUGUUUUUCACCUUACUGUGUUCCUUUUGGUUGCCUGCUGCCACAUGCCACAUGGUUUUUGGUGUUCUGUGUUUUAAUGAUAGUCUGACUCCAAACUCCAUGUUGAAAGAGCAGAUUUGAUGCCAACACAUGCCUAGAUACCCUUUGGUUUUUGUCAGUGAGCAGCCAGAGGUUCAGCUGCGGGUGGACACAAUGAACAAUAAACAUGUCACAUCCAAAUA